AUGAGUUCGCUUCGUCUCACAGUGACAAUUUUGUGCUGCAUAGUGGUUGUGUUUGGAGGGUUACCCUUCUCCUCAGAUGCAAAACUUGAUCCCUCGUUUUAUAAAUAUACUUGUCCUACGGUGCAGUCAACUGUACUUGAAGUUAUAACGAACGUUUCUAAAAAAGAUCCUCGUAUUCUUGCAAGUCUCAUCAGGCUUCACUUUCAUGACUGUUUUGUACAAGGCUGUGAUGCAUCAAUACUGUUGAACGACACCACUACGAUUGUGAGCGAACAAGGUGCCGCGCCAAAUAACAACUCAAUAAGAGGUUUGGAUGUUGUCAACCAGAUCAAGACAGCGGUGGAAAAAAACUGUUCUGGCAUUGUUUCUUGUGCUGAUAUUCUUGCCCUUGCUGCUGAAAUAUCUGUCGUUCUGGCUGGCGGUCCUAACUGGAAAGUUCCAUUGGGAAGAAGGGAUAGUUUAACAGCAAACCGAACCCUUGCAAAUCAAAACAUUCCAGUUUUUAACUUCACACUAACUCAACUUAAAUCCGCCUUUGCUGUUCAAGGCCUCAACACUACUGAUCUAGUUGCACUCUCAGGUGCUCAUACAUUUGGCAGUGCUCACUGCUCCUCAUUUGUUAACCGAUUAUACAAUUUCAGCAAGGGUAAACCUGAUCCAACUCUUAACACAACUUACUUGGAAGCAUUGCGCAAAAUAUGCCCCCAGAGUGGAAAUGGGACUAACAUCACAAAUUUGGACCCAACCACUCCUAAUAAAUUCGACAAGAACUACUUCUCCAAUCUUAAGGUUCAUAAGGGCCUUCUUCAGAGUGACCAAGAGCUGUUCUCAACAUCAGGUGCAGAUACCAUUAGCAUUGUCAACAAGUUCAGUAAUAACCAAAAUGCUUUCUUUGAUAGCUUUAAGGCUUCAAUGCUAAAGAUGGGUAAUAUUGGUGUGCUAACGGGGACAAAAGGAGAAAUUCGAAAACAAUGCAAUUUUGUUAACAAAAAAUCUGCAGAACUUGAUAGAGUCAGUGUGGCCUCCGUAGAAUCAUCUUUAGAAAUUGUGAUGACAGCACUAGAAAUGCUGUGA